AUGGCCCGCUCAAGUGCCCAACAACCUGAACCUGAAUUUUACAACAUAGCAUCUUUUGGCCGAUUAAAAAUGGGUGAUCCUAACCUAAAUAGGGUUGUUGCUGUAGUUGAAGCAGAGAAUUUGGUGCCGGAGAAUUGGAGAGAAGUGCAAGCAGAGAUUAAUAUUGGUAAAAAAGAAAGGAGAAAGAUUGCUCAAGAAAUGGAAUAUAAUAAAAAAUUUGAAAGGAAAAGGAAAGGGUUGGUUCCUAUUAGGAGUGUGAAUUUAGAGGAGUAUCAGGCUUUUAGAGAAGCGAAAUUGGCACAGUUGAAGCCACUUGUGCUUGAUAAUCCAGAGAGCUUUAAAGAGCCGUCGGAGGAGGAGGAGGAAGGUGAAGUGAAGGAGAUUGUUAGUGAGAGAGUGAAAGGUAAGAAUCCUAGAUGGGCAGUUUAUGGGAGAGGUUUAGAUGAUGUUAGAGAGUUUCUUAACAGUGAGGAUUAUGAGCCUGGUGAACAGAAAUCUGAAGGUAAGCGCAAGUUGUUUACGAAAGAGGAAAAGGUUUUGUUAAAUAAGCGGGUACCUGAUCUGGCGGUUGCUACCUCUAGAAAAUGGCUACCUCUCCACACACUUGCUGCAUCAGGUGAAUUCUACCUCAUGGAUGCAUUGUUGAAGCAUAAUGUUGACAUCAAUGCUGUGGAUGUGAAUGGUUGGACUGCACUUCACAGAGCAAUAAUAUGCAAAAAGCAAGCUAUAACCAACUAUCUGUUGAGAGAAUCAGCAGAUCCUUUCGUUCGUGAUGCAGAGGGUGCCACCUUGAUGCAUUAUGCAGUUCAAACAGCAUCUCCUCCAGCUAUCAAACUUCUUCUGUUAUAUAACGUCGAUAUAAACCUUCCAGACAAUGAUGGAUGGACACCGUUACAUCUUGCUGUUCAAGCCCGAAGAACAGAUAUAGUGAAGCUUUUAUUAAUUAAAAGAGCAGAUAGGACAUUAAAAAACCAGGAUGGCUUAACACCACUCGAUCUCUGCCUCUAUUCGGGCAGAGACACAAGGACUUAUGAGCUUAUCAAGCUGUUGAAGCAGUUUGCAAAGACGUCAACUUUGGCAAAGAAGCCUUAUAAUGCUGCAGCUUCCUAA